AACAACACAACUCGGCACGUUCGUCAAUAACACCGUGACCUUCAAAUGAAAUGUAUACAAUUGGCGACGUUUCGGGCAAUACCCUUAGAGGGGGGUUGGGGGGUGAGGCUAGAAAGAUAAUUCAAGAUUUAGAGAGUGUACUUCACGCCAGAAUCUGAAGUCAAUUGUUGAACAAAUGCCAAUGGGUGGGGAAGCGGCUGUCCCCUAGCAAGAUGGCUGCUCUCUUCCUCUAGCAAGAUGGCGGCGCCCCGCCCCCCUCCCCCCCUCAACGGUUUCCGUGUCACGUGGCCAUCGCAACAUGGCGGCGCCCAUGAGCGACGGCAUGGCCCGCUGAUUUGCACUGCCCGCGCCAGUUUUUCACCAUCGGCAACAGCAGCAGCGGCGGAGGUUUAUCGCUCCACUGCUGGAUGAAGGCCUCUUCUCUUCCUCCUCCCCCCCACGCCGUCCGUCACGGCAGAGUGAUUUCUACGAUCGCGUCCGCACAAGAAACCGACCCUUGCCGCAUCUCGGCGGGCCUGUGUCUCGCCCUACCCCUGUGGCGGCCAAAUCCACGCUUCAUUUCAGCCGCCGUUGACGUUCGCUUUUUGUAGCGUUCUCCUCCUGCCUGGCGCGGUGCAAGCAUGGGGAGGUAUAAGGACAGAAGCGUCGACACGUCCCACAGCGGACCCAAGAAGGACAUUAUAAACAACAGGGGCGGUUGCGGGAAGAAGACGCGGGCCCCGCGCUUCGUGGACGAGCAGGGCAUCCCCGCAAAGCUGCGGGAGAUCAUGGAAAACCAGCGGCGCAUGAAGGACAAGCGACACAACCGCAACAAACAUGACACCCGCGUGGGCCUCAUGGGGACGCACGUGGAGGCUGGCGCGCAGCCGGCCCGGGGCACGGCCGUCACGGGGGAGCCGGCCGUGCCGCGCUUCCGCCGGCGCCGGGGAGAGUCGGAGAGCACCUUCGUGUGGCGCAUGAACUGUGCCGCCGAGCAGGUGAGGGACGUGUGCCGAGCCAUGCCGGACCGCCAGCCGGAGGUGAACGUGAAGAUGGACAAGCGUGGACGCGUGGUGGAGGGGGGUGGCGGGUCAGGCUCGGGGGGAGGGGAUGAGGGCGUCAAGAUCUCGGUCAAGUCAGAGGCUAAGCUCAGGUACAACCAGAAGAAGCUCGGCAAGUUCGUUAACAAGCGCCGGAAAAAACAAGAGAAGCUGCAAGAGAUGGCGAAGUACACAGAUCCCGUCCGGUUCGGGGAGGUCGUCAUGGAGCCUCCGAGUCUCACGGCCAAACCACGGAAGUGUCCGGCCCAGAGCAAGGCUGGCGAGAAAAAGCUGCUGUUGCGGUCACUGAUGGUCCCCACGGAGGGGCCCAGCGGCACGGGCGGCGCGGGCGGCGCGGGCGGUGCAGGCGGCGCGGGUGGGACGGUGGCACCCAAGCCCUCCAUGGCCCGCCAGCGCAUUGUGGAGGAGGAGCGGGAGCGAGUGGUGCGCGCUUACCGCCAACUGAAAGCGCAGAAGGAGGCGGCCGCGGCCGCAGCACGCGGUGACGCGCGCUGACCUCUGGCGGCCUCUCGUGGCCGUGUCGGAGGUGGGGGGGGGAGGGGUCGCCGGACAGGAGCAUGAGAAUGACCCCCACCCACCCCUACGAUGCUCCGUCGGAAGGUGUUUAUUUAUUUUAUGUUUAGAAACGCCACGAUCGGGAUUUGAACGCGUUGGGGUGUUCACACCUGGGGCGAUUCGUCGUUGGGAGAUUUCAAGUUGUGGAUGGAGCUGCAGGGGUCAGAGCCACCGUUGAGGGUCCCAGGUUUGAACGCGGGUUUCGGCCGCCCCAUGGUGUUCAACUGGGUUCCUGUGUGUCGCGAGGUGGAGAGUCCUCAGCCUGAUCACCAAUAAAUGCACAAAAAACCCCACCACGUUUAACCUUGUGUUCAGGCUCAUGGCGUUAACCACAAUUCCUAACGAGCCUGGCAGUUUGGCGAUUGUCACGAUUCACAGUCUCAUUGACGUCAUUUCUGUUUCUCAUGCUGUUUUAACUGAAAUUUAAAACGGCAAUGCCUCAGCUCUGUAGCAGCGUUGCACUUUUGAAUCUCGAUUGAAAACUAAUUUCUUUAGAAUUGCUUUUAAAGAUGAGCACGGUUGGCUACGUACGGUGCGAAAGAAGUUCACCACAUACACACAUGGGCUCACGAAAACCUUUGUACAGAUGACCAAAUGUAAGUGAAAUUAUUGUGUAAAGUUGAGUUGCUGUUAGGAAUUUGUACUGUAGAAAACCGACCACAUUGAGCAAAGGGUGGCGACAAAAACCAGCGCUAAAUGGAUAAGCGCCUUUUCGGCCGAGGCAAAGACACCAUAGUCGACAUCGCCUCCUAUUGCAGCUUGGGCAUCGUUAUUAAAAAUGAUUAAGUACGUCCGAGAACACGCGCACGUUGGCAAGCGUUACGGAAUCCGUGCGUAUGCAAUGAUUCUGUUCCUCCGUUUCGCUCUCGUUUGAUCUCGUUCGCUCCGUUCGUCUAAACGUGACUUUGGCGACGAACGAUAAAAGAGACUUUUUCUCUCA